AAAUUACAAAAUCGACGAUUUUACGUACGACGUUAGUGUUUAGAAUAAUAUUCGAUUAAUAUUGUUUUCUUCGCGGACUACUUUAAUAAUUUGUAUAGCAGUGUUAUAAAUAUAUCAGAGAAAAUAUUCUAUAGUGUUUAUAAAUAAGAAUUUCUUUGUUAUGUGAGCUUAAGAUAAUUUCAAAUCGAUUUUUCCGGUGAUGUGAUAUUUUCGUUCGUUGUGCAAGAUGAAUCUAUUAUUUGUCUACUGUAAUAUCUUUUUGUAUAUAAUUGUGUCAUGUGAUGCUUCUGGAGCUGAUAUAGCACUUGAUGCUAAGGCUACUUUGCUCCAUCGUAUAGACAGUUUAAAUCUUUUAAUAUAUACAUGUCUCCUUACCCUGACCGUGCUUACAAUUUGGGUGUUUAAGCACCGUCGUGUGAGCUGGCUCCACGAAACGGGCUUGGCUGUAAUAUAUGGUCUUAUAGUUGGUGCCAUUAUUCGAUAUGGAAGCAGUACAAAUGAAAUUACAUAUAUUGAUGCUCAUCCAGAUCCAGAUUCAAAAUAUAACCUGUCUGUGCCCCCAGAUAUGGUUAGGUUCCACUUUCCAGAUAAAUUUCAAGUAACUGGUGAUGGUCCUGUACCAAACAAAACAUAUGCCUACAGCUUUAGAGGUGAAAUUGUUAAUGUAGAACAGAAUGAAAUAGAUCUAAAAGCUACAUUUGAUCCUGAAAUAUUUUUCAAUAUUAUUCUUCCACCUAUUAUAUUCCAUGCAGGGUACUGUUUAAAAAGAAAAUACUUCUUUCGUAAUUUAGGUGCUAUAUUGACUUUUGCAAUGGUUGGGACGGCAUUAUCUGCAUUGGUUAUUGGAUCACUUAUGUAUGGUUUUGUUCAACUAAUGCCAGCAUCAUUGGCAUCAAGCUUCACAUUUUUAGACACACUUUACUUUGGUGCACUGAUCUCUCCAACUGACCCCUUAACUGUUCUCGCUAUUUUCUCACAGCUAAAGGUUGAUGUAAAUCUGUAUGCAAUGAUAUUUGGCGAAAGUGUCCUAAAUGAUGCAGUAGCUUUAGUACUUAGCGGUGCAAUUCAAAACUAUGAGAAGAGAUAUUCAACGGAUGGCGAGUUUGAAAUAACAGCGUUUUUACAAGCCAUAGGCGAUUUUAUCGGAAUAUUCAGCCUUUCUCUCAUUGUUGGAGCUCUCAUGGGGUGUUUCACAGCAUUGAUGACAAAGUUUACGCACGUACGUGACUGGCCACUCCUGGAAUCGGCAUUGUUUGUUCUGAUGUCAUACGCGGCUUUCCUCAUCGCCGAAGUGUGCGAGUUAACAGGUGUUGUAGCGGUAUUAUUCUGUGGUAUCUGUCAGGCCCAUUACACAUACAACAACCUCUCUACGGACUCGAGAAAUCGGACGAAACAAUUGUUUGAAUUGCUCAACUUUUUGGCUGAAAACUUCAUAUUUACAUACAUAGGUGUUUCGAUGUUCACCUUCCCGAAGCACCAUUUUGAUCCCUGGUUUAUUAUUGCCGGAUUUUUGACAUCAACUCUUGGUCGAGCAGUAAAUAUCUAUCCCCUAUCAUUUCUAAUGAAUCUCGGACGAAAACCACCAAUACCCAUGAAUUUCCAACACAUGCUCUUCUUCUCUGGAUUGCGUGGCGCCAUGUCUUUCGCACUAGCAAUCCGCAACACAGUAUCAGAGGCGCGUCAGGCGAUGUUAACAACCACAUCAUUGAUUGUGAUAGCCACAGUUGUACUGCAAGGAGGCGCAGCGACGCAUGCUCUUGCGUACUUGCGUAUACCCACCGGGUACGAACUUAGCCAAGGUCAGAACGAAGAAAGCGACACGUUGCCUUACAGGGAUGUGAGAAAUCUGUACCAGGCCACGGACGUGGGCAACUCGACUGGCCGCAUGGUAGUUAAAUGGGGAAAAGACGAGAGCGGAGUCAUAAUGCCUUGCCACCUUAACUAUGAGGACGAAAGCCAUCGUGAUAGCGGCGAUAGCGGAACUGAGAAAUCCCGGCUGGCUAAGUUAUGGGGUGCGCUGGACUCUCGUUUGCUUAAGCCGCUGCUUACGCACGCAAGACCACCACUAACGGAGACAUUGCCCGCGUUCUUUAGACCUCUAGCGCGGCUUUUGACUACCACACGCCAGUACACACAAGGAGACAAUAAUGGCCUUCGAAGGACCGAUUCAGACUCGGAUCUGUGUAUUGACGAACCACAACCAGUUCCUACAAGUAUAGACCCACAGCUAUCUUUUAGCGUUCGGAAUGGAUAUGGGAAUAUAUAAGUUUAAGCGUUAUCAAUUAUCAUCUGUGAUAUAAAGUCUUAAUAGUUUUAUUAGAAGAAUUUAAGUUUUUUUUUAAUUGCAUGCAGCAACUUUGGCCCGGACUUGUGGAUACAAGGAUUUCUGUUGAAGGUAUCACUGGCAGUAAUAUAUAAGUUAUGAAUUGCGAAAAAUAAGCUCUUUGUGCCACGAAUUUUGUAAUGAGGUGCUGCUCCUCAAUAUAUUAAUUUCUCUAGUGUUGUUAUUUGCAUAAAUAGAGAUUGAACUGGGCAAUUACUUUGAGAGUUGCCUCUGUUGACACUGUAGUACCCAGUAUUCCAGUUCUAUUUUUAAUUCCUUCAGCAGAAAGGUACAAUAUUCCUUAAUGAAAGGCAUGUCAAAAUGACAUGUCUCAUUGUCAUAUAACAUAUUUUACAAUUUGGGAAGCAUCUGGUGUUUACAAACAAACCUGUCUACCGACGCCUAUAUGCCCACCAGGAUGUGGACUCAACAUCAUUGUGGCCUUGUCAACCUAAUGGUCACAUGACAUGGCCACAUGCAUUGCUCAGUACUGCUCUUUUUAUGAUUUAGUUAAAUGUAGGAACUGUCCUUAAAAAAUACUGUUUAAUGUGAAGCAAAUAUGUUUCAAAAACAUAAUCUUCCUUGAGAUUUUAUUACUUAAAUAAAAGGCAAUUUAAAAAAAAUUGUUAUCUGUGCAGUCUCUUUUAAAUAGCUAAGCUUUUAUCUAUGCUAGCACAUUUAAUAGCUUUAUGUGUUGUAAAGAGCACCUGUCACAAUAAAACAUUAUUGGCCCUUUUUAUAGAAGUCAAUCUUUAAAUUUUCAAAAGUUAUUUUCAGUUAUUAAAUCAAAACACAAAAAAUAUCUAAGAUACAAGAUUUUUUUUAAAUGCAAUGGGUUUCCAAAUGACAAAAAGGUUGUAUAUUCAGCACUGCUGUAUUUAUUUUUGAUUCAUGUGAUAUUUAGUUUAUAAAGUCGCUGUUUAAAUGUACUCCAAUUUGAGUUAUUUUGAAUUGAAGUUGUUUCUAUAUUAUAGAACAGUAGUAACAGACAUUUGCACUAUCUUUACAUAUUUCAUUAGAUUGGAUGUACAAAUAGUUUUAUUUUACAACAUUACUACUAGUACAUUGUUUAUAAAUGUAAUUGUCUUAAAUCUUGAAAAACAUAAUUCUCAUAUAUGUAUAUCUAUAAGUAGUUUUCAUUAAUUUACCAUAAACCUAUCACUUUUUUUACAAUGUAAUAUAGCUUUUCUCUUGUCCAUAGACUUGAUUGUCAUGUAUGAGACAAUUCUUGGUCACCAAAAUUUCUAGGAAAAAAUUUGUAAUAUUUAAUAAAAUUUUAUUCAGAAAU